UUUGUGUAUCUCAAUGUCUAUAAGCGUGUAGUAUAGUGUUUAGUUCGGAAAACAAUACAAACAUGGCGAAUUAUGACGAAAAAGAAUGGCGGGAAAAGUUUGAGAACUUUGACAGGAAUAAAGAUGGAGGAGUUUCAGCCAAUGAACUGGAGAGAUUAUUACAAUAUGUGGGGUUCAAUCCGACACAAGAAGAUUUGGCUGAAUACAUGAAACAAUUAGACAAAAAUAGUGAUGACUGCAUAACGUUCGAUGAAUUCUUUCCGUUUUUAAAAAGUCUUAAAGAUCCAUCUGGGGAGCUCCUGGACGCAUUUAGACUUCAUGAUAAAAAUGGAGAUGGUUUUAUUGACGAAAAGGAACUAAAAGCAAUUUUUACCAGUGGAAAUUUCAACCCAAAUGAGAUUGAUGAUUUAUUUAAACUAGUAGAUGCAAACAACGACGGUAAAAUUGAGUACAAAGAAUUUGUCGAACUUUUCACAGAAAUGAUGUGAAGCAGGAAUAACAUAGUUUGCAACCACAAAUUUUCAAACACAAAAUACGUGAAUACAUUCGUCAGCCGUUCAUUAGUUCACCGCCGGUUUAUGAUAACUACAUGUACUAAUUGAUAUAUUCAAAUUCUGUCAUCACUUAAAAAAACUAAUUUUUUGUGUGUGUGCUUGAGCAACUUUCGAAAGUUUCUUCUGGACGUUGAGAAAUUUAUUUAGUAAAUAAAUGGAAAUUGCACGACAAUUUAGCAGACGACAUUUCUUAUUAUAGAAGAAGAAG